UGUUAUUUUCUCAAAUAUAGUGAAACUAAUUAUCUCCUCCACGUGAAUUAAUUAAUACACAUUGUGUCAGUAAACUAUGUAAAUAUGUGUUUUUUACUUUCUUGGAUUAUAGAUUAUCUCAAUCCAUUCUUAACUAUGAGAAAUAGAGAUAGGAAGAUUGGUUUUAAAAGGUACGAAUUUUGGGGAAAAUUCUUGCGUCCAACCCCUGUUGGAGUUAGAGGCUCCAACCUGCCAUUUGUCAGCCCCAUAUUGGCCAACCAACCUUCCUUUUCCCUUAUUUUAAUUAUUUUUUAUCCUUUACCAUUAAUCAAAUUAUGAAUUAAAAAUGAAAAAAAAAGCUUUGACGGAAACGACAGAGAGACGGAAGGAAGCUGGGAAUGCAACUUCUGGAUUAUAAUUUUUAUGUAUGUUGUAUAAUUUUAUUUACUACUAUUUUAAAUUGAUGUCAAUUUUUCUCUUUUUUGCAUGAAGCAAUAGCAAAUCCUCAUUUUGAUUAUGAAAAUUUGUGAUAAGAUAUAUGUUUCAACCGCCAUGGAUUAUUGACUUCGUUUCUUUUAUUCGGAUAUUCUAUUUAUGUUUAUGUUGGCACCGUAAUACUAAGUAUGGUGUUCAAAUUUUUUUUUAAAUUAUUUAUGAUAUUGUGAGAUAUUUUUUUCCGUAUUUUGUACAAUGGUCAUAUUAAUGUGAAAUUGUCAAAAUAUUUCAAAAUUUGAACGCAUAAGUAUUUCAAAAUUGGUUCUAGUGCACGAGCAAUUUUUCGUAUUCUGUUUAUUUUUGUUGGGGUCAAGUUUUCCUAUAGAAGAACAUAUAAACCUAAGAUAUACCUAAUUAAAUUAUAAUCCAGAAGUUUUUUUUUUCAUUUUUAAUUCAUAAUUUAAUUAAUAAUAAAGAAAUAAAAAUAAUUAAAAUAAGAGAAAAAGGAAGUUUGGUGGGCCAAUAUGGAACUGCCAAAUGGCAGGUUGGAGCCUCUAACUCCAACGGGGGUUGGACGCAAGAAUUUCCCGAAUUUUGGGAACCCAACAGCCUAGAAAACAAGCUCUCGGUGAUGGUUGGCUGGACAGACAAGUUGGGCUGCUUCAGCUAGCUAAUUUCUUUUUAUCAUUGUUGACUUUCACAGAGGAAGGCCGGGUGACAAAUAAUAGAAUCUGCUAUUCGCCGUUGCCCCAGCACAAGUCCAACGAUCAGCUUCCAGACACUACAGCCACCGCCUUGUCUUUUCUCGGUAGGUACGUAGCUUGGAAUCGAGCAUAAGAAUCAUCGGACAGAGUAACAAAAAGAGAUUCUGUUUGGACUGCAAAACAAACCUAGGCAGGUGUCUUGGACGUAUGUCAGGAAUCGAUAGUUGACAAACUGUUUUUAACUUCAUGUAAUCGGCAGGAGAAAAGGCAUCUAUCUAUUAAUCAAUCAUUAUAAAGGAAACCAGUGUCUAGUUAUAUCUCUAUAUAUCCUGGUUCCUGGACAAUGACGAUUGACUAUAUAUGACCCAAAAAAAAGUAAUUAUUUGUACGAUUGCCGGAUUAGAUUGAGAGAAAGAAACUAUACAAUAUCACACGAGUAUUCAUCAUCAGGUUCCUUAUAUUCGAGUUUUUCCAAAUAAUUCAAGUUAUUAUAAUGAACUGAUUUUUUACGUCAUAAUAUUAGAACUUUUAAAUGAGCAACUGCGUGUUUAAGUCAAUAGAUUGAUAAUUCGUAUUUCAGCUAAAUAUGAACUUAACUGGCCUCGUUUGAAAAGGAAAGGAACAAAUCAGUAGCCAAAAAGUCCACAACAAUUAGCCGGCAUAUAAGGCUUUGGCAAUAUGUUGAUAUCACUAAUAACGACUUAGUCUAGGUUAAUAAUUAGUUGUUACUGUUCCCUAAUUAAGAAACAUUUUCGUGGCCAUCAUUCGACUAACAAUAGUACAAAAUUUAAAUAUGAUGAAAAGGAAAAUCCACUUGCAUGAUAUUCAAUUGUUUAUAAGAAAUAAUGGAAUAUAAAGUCCAUUGUUACUUCUGUAAAUUAAUUAAUCAGGUGAAAGAGGGUUUUCUCCUGUGAAUUAAGGUAGAGUAAUUAAGUUACAUAAAAAUUAGAUGUAUAGUUCUCUUAUGACAAGGGAUUCUUCAUCACUCGUAAGGUAAAAUCUAAUUCGCUUUCUCAUAUGACUAAUCUAUCCAUCAAUUCAGAGCUUACAUAUCUUGAUAGAUAUCUUUCAUAUAAGACAUAUAUAGAUUGUCCAUAAAUCGAUUCUUAUUUCAAUAGAGAUAUGUCAAUGUAAAAUCGGAAACUAUAACUAUCAUAUAAAUCCCUCCCCAACGAAGAAACAAAAUCGUAUAAGAGCAACCUAAAUCAAGGAGAUAAAUUACUUUUUUGAAGGUCGCACAAUUUCAGAAAUUGUACAAAACUCCUAACCUAUAUCUAGAUCUAACUACCAUAUGAAGACAGGCUCCCAGCACAGGACCAUACCUCUAUAAUCAGUAGUCCAUACUUCAUAUAUACCAAUAUGUAUAAACAUUAACUAGCUACCAUCUUCAAUAAAAAUUUAUUUUUCCAAACACGAUCGAGGCUGGACCAUUAAUAAUCCUUUACUUUACUUCCAAAUUAAAACCCACUCCCAUCCCAUACCCAUUAUAAAUAAAUAGUACAGUCCCUCCCACUGCAAAUUAAAAGCAGGUCUCCGGAAUCACAGUACUCCUCAAUCAAUCCAAUCAUCAUGAUCUCGCCACAUCACUACUGGUCAACGCUAUGGCCAGCUAACAUCCUCUUGCUUCUCACCCUGCCGGCGCUACUCCUCCUCCUCCUCACCCGCCGCCGCCGCCCCAACCUCCGCCACCCUCCCGGCCCGCCGGGGUGGCCGGUGAUCGGCAACAUCCUCGACCUCGGCGCCAUGCCCCACCGCUCCCUCACCGCCAUGCGCGACGCCCACGGCGACGUGGUCCGCCUCCGGCUCGGCUACUCCAAGAGCGCCGUCGCCAUCCUCUCCACCUCCGCCGCCGCCGACUUCUUCAAGAACCACGACCUCGACUUCGCCGACCGGACCGUCACCCAGAUCAUGAAAGUCCACGGCUACGACCGCGGCUCCGUCGCCCUCGCCCCCUACGGCCCUUACUGGCGCGUCCUCCGCAGGCUCGUUACCGUCGACAUGCUCGUCGCCAAGCGGAUCAACGCCAGCUACCCCGUCCGCCGCAAGUGCGCCGACGACAUGAUCAAGUGGGUCGGCGACGAGUCCGGGUCCGAGAUCCAGGUGGCGAGGUUCGUGUUCCUCACCACGUUCAACCUCCUCGGGAAUCUGAUGCUGUCGAGGGACCUCCUCGACCCGAAGUCGGCGGAAGGCAAGGAGUUCUUCACGGCGAUGAUGGGGCUGAUGGAGUGGGGCGGCCAUGCCAACGUGGCCGACAUCUUCCCCGUGCUGAGCUGGAUGGAUCCACAGGGUUUGGUCCGGAAGAUGCGGCGGGAUCUCGGGAAGGCGCUGGAGAUCGCCUCGAGAUUCGUGAGUGACAGGAUCGAGGACGGCAAGGGCACGAAGAAAGAGUGGGACAAGAAGGAUUUCUUGGACGUGUUGUUGGAGUUUCGAGGGAACGGCAAAGACGAGCCAGAGAAGAUUGCACAUGGAGACAUCAACAUUUUUAUCCUCGAGAUAUUUUUGGCGGGAUCGGAGACGACGAGCAGCACGACGGAGUGGGCCCUGACGGAGCUACUCCGCCACCCGGAGUCGAUGGCCAAAGUCAAAACCGAGCUGAGAGAGGUGGUCGGACCGGACCGGAAGCUGGAGGAAAGCGACAUCGACAACCUGCCCUUCUUGCGGGCAGUUGUGAAGGAGACUUUCAGGCUGCACCCGCCGAUCCCGCUCCUGGUGCCACGUAGGGCGAUCAGGGACACGAAGUUCAUGGGGUACGACAUCCCCAAGGACACGCAGGUCUUCGUCAACGCCUGGUCGAUCGGGCGCGACCCGGACCAGUGGGUGGACCCGUGUAGCUUCAAACCGGAGCGGUUCCUGGACUCGAAGGUGGACUACGCCGGCCAGCACUACCAGUUCAUGCCGUUUGGGGCCGGACGGAGGAUGUGCGCUGGCGUGCCGCUGGCACACCGGGUGCUUCACUUGAUACUCGGCACCUUGCUUCACGAGUUCAGUUGGGAGUCCAAGGUGGAUCCUAUGAGCCUCAACAUGGACGAUCGUUUGGGGAUCACUAUGAGGAAGUCGGAGUCGUUGAUGGUUGUGCCGACUAAGGACAAGAUCAUGUGAUGGUGGAGAGUACCAAGUCAGAAGGGGUUUGUUAAGAAGAAAUAAUAUAUAAUUAAAAGUUUUUUCAAAGCAUCUAUAUUAUGUAUGUACAAUGAUAUGUUCUCGAAUAUAUUAUAUAUGCCUUCCUGGCCCCAAUGCUUUAUCUCCAAAUGUCUUUGUAGUUAGGUACGAUCACUUUGCUGGAAAAUGCAUAAUAAUAGGUCUCCAAAGUUGUUGGAGCAUACGCAGAAAGAUUCAAAAUCGCUUUCGACACAACAACAGAAUGCGCUUGUGAGCAUGUUCUUACAAAGCGCCUUUCCUUGCAACAAACUUGUGUCGACUUUGUGUUAGAGUUAGUCAAUAGAGUUGUAAUACGAUAUUAAUGGGAGAAGUAAAUUAUAAAGAUGGAGUCUUUUGGCAAUUUAAUUAAUUAAUUAAUUUUAUAUUAAUUAAUUAACGUUUGAAUAUUGUGAAAAGAAGUGUCCUUCCAGAAUGGUAACUCCCCUUUUCUGUGAAAGGAUAUGUCCUUUCGGGAAAGGUAACUACCUUGUUUUGUGAAAGGAUGUGUCUCUUCGGAAUGUAACUUCCAAUUUUCACAACUAUAAAUAGAUGACUGUCAUAACUCUUUUUAGACGAAACAUGCGAGAGAUUACUUCUUCUUCCCGUUUUCCUUCUCUAUUUCAUAAACACAGAAGUCUGCAAGAUUGCUGCUUCCAAACUUAAAAUUGAAGGGACUCCUGGGGGUGGGUUGCUCGAGCCUACCAGCAAUUUAUAGUGGGGGCAAAUAACACUCUAAGGAGAGUGAUUAAUCACGCCUUCAAUCCGAUUCUUUCCUAUUAGUUCCUGACACUUUCCAGAUGAUAUCCCAAUGAAAAAUCGGAUCAUGAAGCUCUAAGUUGAACAAUGAGGGGAACGGCUACGGUGCUAAUUGUACAAUAGUUAGCACCGUCCUAACCAAGGGAAAAACUACUACUAGUUUGAAUUAGUAGUGAUUUAGCUUAAAUGUUGUAUUGAUUUUAUAAUAAUCCGUAGUGAUUUUUGCUAGUUAUCAUGGUGCUAACCCCUAUAAAGGUUAGCACCUAAUCCCAUCCCAACAAUGAGAAGAUGUUUGAUCUUUGUCUUCAUGCCCAUUAGCUGUACAUGGAAACACAUGGCCCAUAGGCCCGUUGGCGUUCUCUAAUGCACUAUGCCACUAUCAUACGAUUUUGGAUUCUAGUUUUGUAUUGGGCUCCUUUUAAUUUUCAUGAAUCUAAAAUAUUAGCGACGGACCUUGUGUGGCCUCGAUGUUUCCCAAUAUUAAAAGUUUUUCUCUGCUUCGAAGUAGGUUUGGUGAAACUAAUUACCAUGAUAAUUGUAAAUUAAUUAAGAUAUAUAAUCAGGUGAUCCGUCGAGAUUGGUAAUGAAAUAGUGUGAUGGUCACCUCAAAAUUCGUAACUUAUGUGUCAUGAUCGUGAUUUUGAGCAAGGUAGUUAAAUUUGUUUGAAGAGUCGAAAAAAUCGAUUUAUCAUAUAAUAUGUCAUUCUUAGAGAAUAUAUACAGAAAAAUCAAAGGAGUACUAAGGGAUACUGUCAGAACAGAAGAGUGGCAAUCAAUAAUCUAGAUCAACACAAACAAACACAAAUUUAACGUGGUUCACUAACACAAUGUGUGCUAGCUAAUCCACGGGCAGGGGGAACAAAUUUCACUGAUUUGAGGAGAGUACAGGUUACAAACCAAAUUCCAAACGAACAAACCAAACAAACUAACCUGACUGACCUUACUACAUACUAGGGUGAUGAAGAGUAUUUAUAGAACUCUUCUCCUAAUCCCAAACACAAAACCAAACAUUUUUUCCCAAACAUACAAGGAAAAGGUCAAAACAAAACUCAAACCCAAACAAAAUAGGCUCAAACACAAAACAAACUCAAAUCAAAUUCAAGUCAUAUUCUAACAAAUACAUAAUUAAGUGGCUACUGAUGUAAGGAGGGAGGAAACUAAUAAGGACAAAGAUAAGGG